CUGUAGAGGCGGUAACGAGCUGCGUGAUUCAAAGAAGACUCAGUGCGAAGAAUUAUAUAUUGAGCCGAUUCAUUUGAAUGCGGAUGUUCUACAAAUAAACGUGAAACCUUGUAUUUGAAUUAAGUUUUUGUUUUUGGUUGUGGGUGAUUUGGGUCACGCAAGAGACAGUAAUCUGUUUUAUUUAAGACUAAAAAAAACAAGAACUAAGAGAUGUCAGACAGCAGCAGCUCAGUCGGUCUGCUGUCAUAUGAAACACUCGUGCAUGCUGUUGCAGGUGCUAUGGGCAGUGUUACAGCAAUGACUGUGUUUUUCCCUCUGGACACAGCCAGAAUCAGACUUCAAGUGGAUGAAAGCCGGAAGUCUAAGUCCACUCCCAUCAUUCUGGCUGAGAUAGCAAAGGAGGAGGGCAUAUCCUCUCUUUAUCGUGGCUGGUUCCCUGUGAUUUCCAGCCUGUGCUGCUCUAACUUUGUUUAUUUCUACACCUUUAACACCUUGAAGAAAGCGAUGGUCUCUGACAGAUCCAAACCUGGCAAAGAUUUGCUCAUGGGCUUCAUAUCAGGGGCCGUUAAUGUUCUCCUGACGACUCCCAUGUGGGUGGUCAACACACGGCUGAAGCUUCAGGGUGCAAAGUUUAGGAACGAGGAUCUCCAUCAGACCCACUAUAAGGGCAUAUUUGAUGCCUUCUCCCAGAUUAUAGCCAACGAGGGGGUGGGAACUCUGUGGAACGGGACUCUGCCGUCUCUCGUGUUGGUCUUCAACCCCGCGGUUCAGUUCAUGUUUUACGAGGCUAUGAAACGGAAAGCAGGACGCGGAGGCAAAAAGAUAUCAUCACUUGAGAUCUUUCUCAUUGGUGCCAUUGCUAAAGCCAUUGCAACAACCGCAACAUAUCCACUGCAGACGGUUCAGGCUAUCUUGAGGUUUGGGCAGUAUAAAUCAGAUGGGAAAGGAGGUCUGCCGGGCAGCGUGAGGAAUGUGAUAUCUUUACUAAUGGACCGAAUCAAGAGACAUGGACUGUUAGGGUUAUAUAAAGGUUUAGAGGCGAAGCUUCUCCAGACAGUAUUGACGGCAGCUCUUAUGUUCGUGGUGUACGAGAAGAUAACUUCUGCCACGUUCAAACUCAUGGGUCUCCAGAAAAAACUCAAGCAUUGAGAAACCGAGCCAUGUAAAGUAAUAAGAAACUAAAUACUACCUCUAUAACGCACAGCCUCAAUGAGGAGAGCUUAACAUAUCCCAUCACUUACUACUUUGAUAUAACAAGGGUUAAUGUAGUAUGAUCCCAGUUAAACACAGUUUACACUGAAGGUGUUUAUGAAUACAAACAUUUAAUUUUUAACAAAUUUAUGUUUUUAAGUUUCUGUCUGAAUGUGAAAUACAUUUUAAUAUAAUAGCUAGGGCUGUCACAAUUAUUAAAUUAUCCUCUUAUCGCGAUUGUUUGACCUCAUCGCCAUGAUUUUAGAUCACCGCAAUGAUUGCACAUCUCUCUGAAAAACACAAGGGGGAGCUGUAGCAUCUGUAUGAACGAGACCGUAUCUAAUGGCUGUCUUCAUGUAUUAAAGCCAUUUAACUCAUUCACCGCCAGCCUUUUUGAGAAAAGUUGCCCACCUGCAUUUUUGUGAUUUUAACAAUAUUUUCACAAAAUUCCUUGCAGGAAAAAUUAUUUUCUAUAAAUAUAUAAACAUACAAACUAUAUCAAAUUAAAGAACACACCCUCUGCUUUCAAACAAACAAUAAACAAACAAACAAAAUGGGGGAAAAAACGUUUCAUUAUAUAUUUACUUUUUCUACUUAAUUUAACCACUGAAAUAUGGAUAUUUCUCUUCAAAAUACAACAUUGAGCAAAAAGCUUAAAAAAUUGCGUUUUUGUAAAGGAAUUUAUGUUAGAGAUCAGACUCAGAAUAACUAUCAAACAUAAAGGCAGUUAAAAUAAAUCAUUAAAUCUUUUUAACUUCCGUUUUUGAUGCAUUCGGUUUGGCGCCAUCUGGUGGAUAAAAGCGGUAUUACACUUUCACUUUGAAAUUCGUCCAGAAAGGCAUAUUUAUUAGUUAAAUAUGAACUCAUAAAUGACGAGAUAACUCGUCAAUGGCGGUGAAUGAGUUAAUACAGUGAAAAAACAGCAUUUAAAGAAAUGCUGCAAAACUUUGAUAAGCAGUAUGAAUUGCAAGGUGAAACAUACAUUUCCAAAACAGCAAUUCCAAAGUUAGAUGCUAU